UUCGAUUUCUAUCCAUUGAGCUCUCCAAGCACAACAACAUGGCUGUCUUCAAUCGUCUCCUUGUUCUACUGAUUGUCUAUUGCUCUUUCGGUUUCGCACUAGGAAGCCGAGUGAGCAUCACCAACAACGGCUAUCGCGACAUCGUCGUGGCCAUUUCACCUGACGUCCAGCAGGACAAAGCUGUUUACUUGUUGUCUAACAUUCAAACAAUCAUCACCCAGGCUUCGGCUGAUUUGUAUGCAGCUACACGACAAAGAUCCUACAUCCAGUCGGUGCAAAUUCUAAUUCCACAGACGUGGGUAAACAUCACGACCAAUUCCAGCACUUGGGAGACCUUCCAGGACGCUGAAAUUCAAAUCGACCUUCCAAAUUCGAAAUACGGUGACAGGCCGUAUACCGUGCAAUUAGGCGGAUGCGGCGAUCCUGGCCAGUACAUUCAUUGGACGCCAAAUUAUGUCUUGAAUUCCAGUUCCAGCCAAAUGCAAUCUCAAUUCGGCCCAGCAGGCAAAGUGUUCGUGAAGGAAUGGGCCCGACUUCGCUACGGUGUUUUUGAAGAGCACGGCUACACAGGUGCGGACACUACUUUCCCAACCUUCUAUCGGCCAGGAUCUGCCCAGCAGUCAGCUGAUAUGGUGCCCAAUGUUUGCUCCAACGUACCAGUUGGCUUUACGGUUGACUACGGUUGCGGGGUGGACCCUCAAACAGGCCUUUACAAUUCAAAUUGCAUGUAUAGUUUUACGAAUACGUUUAAGCCAACGUCAUCCAUCAUGUCUGACAACAGAAUGCUCUCCUCGGCAACGCAUUUCUGCGAUGACGAUCCAUCCAGCCUUCACAAACACAACCGAGAAGCACCGACCAAGCAAAACGCUGUUUGUGACACGCAAAGUGUUUGGUCGGUAAUUUCGAAGCACGCCGAUUUCGCCGGCAAUAACAAUCUACCUGCCACCAUCGCCAAUGUCAAACCGACGUUCAACAUAGUUCGAGUUUUGACCGGUGCUCGCUACGUUCUCGUUACUGACGUUUCCUCAAGCAUGCGCAGUCAUAAUCGAAUCGGGAGAUUAAACGAGGCGGCCCGUCGUUGGAUCAAAUACGAUGUUAGAAAUGGCACUUCUUUGGGUAUCGUCCAAUUCAGUACAUCGGCGACGAUGCUGAGUGGCAUGACUGUGGUGAAUAGUGAGACACGCCAACAAUUGAUGGAUAAAGUUCCGACCAGUACAGAAGUCUAUACGUGUAUAGGAUGUGGUCUCCAGAUGGCUCUAAAUAUGUUGAAAUCUGGUGGUAAAGGAGGAGUGAUCGUAUUGGUGACUGACGGCUCGGAAAACAUGCGGCCGUACAUAGAGGCUAUGUAUCCCCAAUUAAUCGAUGCUCAAGUUCAAGUCGUGUCUGUCGCAUUCGGUCGCAAUGCUGAGAAUAAAAUGGAAAAUUUGGCUACCAAAACCAACGGGAAAAGUUACUUCAUCAACGACAACGGUCAAAACGACGAACUGAACGACGCUUUCACCGGUUCAUUAACCUAUCAACCGGCCGUGCCUUCUGAUGAACUUACCGUUAUUCUCUUCCAACAAAAAUACCAAAAAAACAUCCAGUUUGAAGAUUUUGUCACCGUCGACUUCACCGUCGGCCGAUCCCUUACCUUCCGUCUCGAAUAUACAAAUCGCAAUUACAUUGUGAGCUUCUCUGUACAAUCGCCUAGCGGCCAAGAUUACAACCAGGUCACCUAUGACGACACCGCAAAAUUGGCUUACAUCAUCAUUCCCGACCUUGCCGAAGAAGGAGAUUGGAAAUUCACGCUGACUGUGACCUCUGCUUAUUCUCAAGAUUACGCCAGCGUUAUCGUCACAUCAAAAUCGAGAGUCGAUUCAGCGGCGCCAAUCACCGUCGAAUGCUCCGUCCCGAGUGGAACGGUCGUCUACAAUGCUUCCGCUACUGCCGUCCGUCUUGUGGCCGUUGUCAAGCAAGGCCGUAACCGUGUCAUCGGAGCUAACGUCAGGGCUUACAUAGAAGCGCCUAACGCUGCACUUGAAGUAGUCGAUUUGGAAGACACUGGCGUCGGAGCCGACACCAACAAAAAUGACGGUAUCUAUUCACGCUACUACGUGGCCCUUAGUCUUACUGGACGCUACACUUUGGUGUGUAAAGUCAACAGCACCCAGACGACUUACAUCGAAAACGGUUCGACCGCACGACAACGAUCCGCUAUGGGAAAUUUCAACCGCGUCCAAUCCGGUGGCGCUUUUAGGGUGGAACAGCCAAAAAGAAAUCCCUACCCACCCAGUCGAGUCACGGAUUUAAAAGUCGUAGCAAUGCAAGUUGAUCAAAUGUCUUUGACCAUUGAAUGGACGGCCUCUGGUGACGAACUCGAUGUUGGAACGGCGUCUGCAUAUCAGAUCAAAUAUUCGACUACGUUUGACAAUCUGAUGGACAACAAUUUCGAUUCAAACGUGGCUGUGCAAUUUCAAUCGCAUGACGUCAUCGAUGGCAGCUUGCAACCGCUGGAAUCCGGCAACAAGCAACGCGUGUCCCUCCGGCUUCCUUCAACGGCUGACGACGUGACAUAUUAUGUCGCUCUAAGAGCUGUUAACAAUAAAGGGUUACCUAGCCUCACUUCCAAUGUCGUCUCAGUCAAAAUUGUUGCUGUGAAACCACCGCCAACGCAACCACCGACCACUCUAGCGCCUCCCCCUACAUCCAGCAGCUUAACCGCUGGAUGCAAUGGAGUAUUGACGACCUCCAGCGGAUUGUUAACAUCUCCCAACUACCCCGGCGUCUACCCCAAUAACUACAACUGCCAAUGGACCAUACGAUUGGCACCUGGCUCCAAAAUCCGUUUGACUUUUAGCCAUUUUGCAAUCGAAAGUCCUUUCGACUACGUGGAGGUGUACGAUGGAUCUUCCAUCUCUACUACUCGGCUUUUGAAGCACAGCGGAUCGACCCUGCCCAGCGCAUCCAUUGUUUCCUCGUCGAACGUAAUGCUGGUACGUUUCGUCACCGAUUCCACUGGCAAUUAUUUCAGAGGAUGGAGGGCUACCUACACGCUCGCCUAACAAUGUCCUUUUUAUUUGAAUACGUGAUUAGACUUUGGUGAUGUAAACCUUCUUUAUGGUCAACAAUAUUAUUGAUUCAAUACAUAGAUUUUUAGCAGCAUCA